AUGGGGAAUGCAAUUUCAAAUGGGAAAUUGAUAUCUCCAAUAUCCAUUGAUGCUUAGAUAAAGGAGUCCUAAUUAACAAUGAGAUUCAUGUUGGAUCAAAAGAAAUUAAUGGCUUAAAAAAAUACAAUACCAAAGGAUUUUGAUCAAUAGCUUACCGCACUGAUUAAAGAGUUGAAAGUGGAGCCAAAGCUUCUCUAACAGUUCUAAAGCACUCCUUAAAACUUUAAAUGCUUAAUUCUGAAUGAAUAUAAAAAUAUCACAGGGAAGAAUUUAUUAUAAAAUGUACCAAAUGAUGAAGUGACCUACUUCACUUAAAAGUUAUCUAAUCCAACACUUUAGGAUCUAGAAUAAUUGAGAAGGUAUCUCAAAAACCUAUAGAUUCAAGACUAAUAAGAUUAAUUGGAACAAUUUCACACCAUAAUCAAUUUACUUAUAGAAAACUUAUUUAAAUUUCACCAGCAAGCUCAAUAAGUAAUUGAGAAAAAGAAGCCUCCUUGUUAUCUAUAUUAGGUCUAAAUCCUUAACAUUCUUGAAAUUUUAGUGAAAAUAGAAAAAAUCUAAUAAUAAAUGCUACAUAUCCCAGAUUCUAUGGAUAUCAUCUUGAAAAAUCUACAUCCAUUUCAUGUUGAAUUAACAACAACAGUAUUAGAAAUUGCAUCUCAUUUAUGUUGGCAUACAGAUGAAGGAUACAAUUGGGUACUUAAAAGUUUGAAUAAAUUGUAUGAAGAGAGCGAAAUCAUCUUCUUUGUGAAUACCUUAAAAAAGAGUAGAAAUGCUGUCAUGAUUGCAACAAUAUGCGUAUUUAUAGUGACUUUAACUGAAUCUCCAACCUAGGAAGAAGAAAGAAAAAGAAUGCGUUAAUAAUUUAUAGCAUCUGGAAUGGCUGAUGUUUAUAGAAUGAUCACUAAUAAAAUAGAAGAAUUUGAAUACAAAGCUGAUGAAUUAAGAUUUGAAGUCGUUUUGUAAUAGAUAAUUGAUAGCAAUAAGUAAAAACACUAAAUACAAACUGAUCCAAAUUACACUGAAGAAAUUAAACUGCCAAUGCUCUAUCAAAGAGAAUCCAGAAAGUGCUAUGAUAUUGGAGAGUUUUCAAAUUCAAUUAAAAUUAUUGAAGGACAAAUUGAGGCAUUUUUGGAGAAUAAUAAAGACGUGCCUAUUUAAUAAUAACAAGAACCAAAAAAAUAGGAAGUAAAAUAGCAUGCAAAACAUUUAAAAUCUACUUUCCUUACACCUCAAUAUCUAAAUUUAAUUUAAGAUGAAAUGGGAAAAGCGAAUUUAACAAAUCUAUAAAGAACAGUUGAAAAUAUUAAACAUGAAUCCAAAAUUAGAGGGAGUCAAAUUGUUACUGAAUUUGCAGAAGGUAUUUCGAAAUACAUUGAUAAACUCAAUAUACCGACUUAAAAAGAUAAUGAAAAUACAGAGAGUUAAUAAUUAGAAGUAAUGAAAUAAUAGGUAGAAGACUUGCAUGAAAAAAUUGCAAGUUUAGAAAAUGAAAUUAAAGAUAUGAAUACUAAAAAAUAGUCAAACGAAGCCUUUGUUGAUGUUUUAUAGAGGAAGAUUGGUGAUUUAGAAAAAAAAUAGAAAUUAGAUUAAACUAACUAAUCCCAACUAAAUGAGUAAUUGGCUUCUAAAAAUAAAGAUUAUAGAGCACUUUAAUAAGAAAAUGAAUCAUAAAAAAAAUCUAUCUAACAACUAGAAAAUGAGGUUUAUCAAUUAAAGGAAAAACUGAAUAUCAUGCAAUUGGCCAAAGCUUAAAAAAUGGAAUUAGAAGCACCCCCUCAAAGGCUUUCUCAUAAAUAAGAUAACUCUGAAGAGUUUAAACAACAACUAGACUCGCUCAAAUAAGAGUUACAUUAAUAAAAUCAAAAAUUCAUCACUUAAGAAAAUGAAAUUAAAAAAUUUUAAUAAUUAUUGAAAGAACAAAGUGAAAAUCUCCAAGCAAAAGAGAUUCUAUUGACAGAAAAGAAUAAGGAGUGUAGAGAGCUAUAAGCAACGAAUGAAAAAUUGAUAAAAAAGAAAUAUGCUAAAAAAUUAUAAUUACAAUAAUUGAGAGAAAAAGUUUAAUCUGUAAAUUAUGUUAAAACCCAAGCUACAAAAAUUUAAAGUGAGCUCAAAACUAUUGAGUAAUAUCAAGACGAGCUUAUAAGAUUAAAUAAUAUUAUAGAAGAAUAAGCCAUCCUUUUAGAAUAAUAAAAAAAAGAUAUAUCAAAACUUGAUGAAGUAAGAGAAAGCUAAAAAGUGUCUGAGUUAAAAAUUAAUCAAAUUGAAGAAGAAAAUAAAAAACAGUCAAUCAAUACUUAAGCUCUGCAAGAUAAGCUGCAAUAAUUAUAAAAAGAAAAGGAAAAUUUAGAAUAAAAAUUACUUACUUAACAAUAAAACAUACAAAAUUCUGUUCAAUCUAGUAAUGCAUUUGUACCACCGCCUCCACCUCCGCCUCCUCCUCCUGGCGGUUCAAAAACUUUACCCCGUCCUCCACCACCACCUCCUCCUCCUCCUCCUCCAGGAGGUAAAAGUGCUCCACCACCACCGCCACCUCCUCCACCUCCAGGGGGUAAAGGAGCUCCUCCUCCUCCUCCGCCACCACCUCCUCCAGGAUCAAAAACAGGCCCACCACCACCUCCUCCUCCUCCUCCACCUGGUGCUAAGACAGGAUCAGCACCACCUCCUCCUCCUCCACCUGGAGGGCCAAGACCACCAGGACCUCCACCUCCUCCUGGAGGAGCUCCUCCACUACCUCCAGGUCCACGACCUCCUGGUGGCCCAGAUCCUUAAUUUGGUGCAUCAGCUGGAAAAUAAAAACAUAAACCUAAUGUCUAAUUAAAAUAAGUUUGCUGGACAGUUAUUAAGCCAGAAUAAAUUAAAAAUACUGUAUGGGAAUAGAUAGAUGAUACUAAAUUAAAAAUGGAUUUUACUAUUAUUGAGAAUCUCUUUGCAGUCAAGCCAACAUAAAGUAAUGCAAACGCUUAAGGUGGAGCCAAUCAACCUUAGAAGCCAGCUAAAAUUUCAAUGCUGGGUCCUGAAAGAGUGAAAAAUUUAGAAAUUGUUUUAGGCAAACUUAAAAUGUCAAAUCAAGUAAUAGUUGAUAGUCUCUACCAACUUGAUGAAACUGUCUUAAAACCAAAUGUAGUAGAAUCCUUGAUUACAGCAAUGCCAAACGAGACAGAGACAGGAUUGUGGCAGGAUCAAGAUCAAUCAAAUUUAGCAAUACCAGAUAUUUUUUGUAUAAAUAUUAGCUCAGUAACUAAUUCAAUAUAAUUUAGAUUAUUAUCAUUGAAAUUUAAAUUUAAUUACAAGGAAUUAACAGAAGAUUUACAAUAGAAAAUGGUUGGCUUUUAAAAAUUGAUUGAGAAAACUAGAAAUGAUAAGAGUACAAAAGUUAUAAUGGAAUAUGCAUUAGCGGCUGGAAAUUAUAUGAAUGGUUAAUCUGCUAGAGGAGGUGCAUAUGGAUUUAAAUUUGAUAUGAUGGAAAAGUUAGCUGAUGUUAAAACCACAGACAACAAAAGCAGCUUAUUGAUGUUUAUUAUACAGAAAGCCGAGGAAGAUUUAAAAUAAGAAUUAGUGAUUGUUGAUGAAAACAUAGACGAAAUAGAAUUAGCUGCUAAAACUCCUUUGUCUUAGUUGGGUGCAGAUUUGAAUGAGUUAAAAAAGAAUUCUAGGACAGUUGAUAAGGCUAUCAAAUCAAAGGUAUCUCCUCCGAUACAAGAUUUAGUAGAAGAAAAACUAUAGGAUUUUUAUUAAUAAGUUAUGACUUAAUUAGCUGAAUAUGAGACCUUAUUAAAGCAACUUGAAUCAUAAUAUGAUGAUCUUUCUAAUUUUUAUGCUGAAGCCAAAGUUCCUUUUGAUAAAUUUUUUGAAAAAUUUUACAAGUACAAAACAGUAUUAAGAUAAGCAAAGUAAAAUAUUAAUAAAAUCAAAUUGGCAGAGUAAAAAGAAUUAGAAAAAAAGAAAAAGCUAGAACAAUAGCAGCAAAGUUAAUAAUCAUAACAAUAAUAAUAAUAAUAAUAACAAUAAUAGUAAGAAUAGGCAUAAAUUAAAAAAAAAUAGGAGGACAAUUCACUAUCAGGGUUAAAGAAGCUUGAUAAAGCGUAAAUUUUAAAUGAAGUUGCGAAACGAAGAGAAUCAAAGAAAACUAGUAUUCAGUAACUAGCAAGUAUUUUGGUAAAGCAAUAACUGUAGACAACUUAAGCUCAAACUCAGGAACAAUGA